AUGACAGACCAUUACAGCAAAAUGCCGACUCUGGCCAAUAUGAAGGAAGCCGCGAAGGCUUUCUCGCGGAUUCUCACGGAGCAUAACAUCGAACAUGCGUUUAUUGGUGGUUUUGCCCUGCAGAUGCUGGGUAACGUGCGCGAGACUUUCGACAUCGAUGUUGAGGUUGAUAUGGAUAUCGAAGACUUCAGAGGCCGCAUUGUGAAAAUUCUAAGCGCUACCGAUCCCCGAUUUGUGUUUUCGAAUUUGAAGAUCUUUUUCCGUCCCGGUGGACAGGGCAGUCCAAUUCCCAUUGAGACACUCGCUCGUGGCAUGCUUGGCUUACCUCGCCAGUUCUCGAUCCUCUGCCCGGGUGACGGCUCGGUCCCUAUCCUCGAACCUGGUGUUCUCAUUCUCACCAAGAUGAAGCGUGCUACACAGUACAUCGGAAGCACACGCCCUCAGUCUGUGCUUAAAUAUGGCGGCGACCUACAGGGCAUCCUUCACCUGCUUGCAUGGCUCCGAAAUAGAAAUAAAAAGAUCGACUUUGUCGCUUACGAUGCAGCCUCGCCUGAAAGGCUCUACGACGCUGUCCGAAACAUGAGGAAUCACUGGGCCCGCUUGGGGCAAAGCAAUAACGUCGGGAUGCUGGAUAGCGCCCUCAAGCCUAGUGACAAAGCAAAGGUUGAAUGA